CAGCAAGCUUAAAACCCAAAUGUAGAUACUUUUUCUGACAAACAGAAAGAUAGAUUGUGUUUAUAGUAAGAAUAACCGCCAUGUUAAAGUUCAGGGCAGACGCUGGCAGUAAUGAUGGUAGUUCACCAGAACAAAGAUGGCGGAAGGUAGUAAUAGCAAUGGAUGGAAGUGAACACGCCAAGUACGCCUUAAAAUGGUACGUGUCACAUAUAUAUCGACCAGACGACAGAAUAAUCUUGGUACAUGCUAUUGAAUCCCGUCUUGCCAGGAUCCUGACGGAUGAUGAGAAAGACGAAAGUUCAAAGACGGACGAAGAAGAAAGGAAACGACUGAAGGAAAAAUUAGAUUCAUAUCAACAACUCUUGGUUGAUUUCAAGUUGAUGGGAGAGAUCAAGACAGUUUCGGAUAAGUCAGCUGGGAAAGCGAUAUUGAAAGCAGUAGAGGAGCUAAACGCUGAUGUGCUGGUCACAGGGUCUAGGGGCCUUGGUUCGAUUCGGCGGGUAUUAUUGGGAAGUGUCAGUGAAUACCUGCUACACCGAGUACAAAUCCCCGUGGUCAUCUGUCGGGAGAGUUCGUCAGAAGUCUGAGGAAAUACGUCAGCUUUCCAGAGGCGUGUUUAGUUAUCGAACCAAAACGAUACUUUUUAAUAGGUCUUAUAUUUAGUGACCAUUCUGUUACUGGGUUGGUAAGAAAUACAUACAGUACCGUCUUCAGUGUUUAUGUCGUGGUUGUUCCCAAACACACUGACCUGGUAAAGGGAAGUAAUACAGUAUUGGCGUUUACAACUGUAAUUUUGUUCCCCCAUUACUUUCGCCAUUUUCAUUCACGAUAUACGAUAUUUUACUAACCUUGUGACAUGACAACAUGUUUUGAUUUUUAAAUUGACGUGUGGAUUUAAAUAUCAAUAUCAAACCUUGUGUAAACCCGCGAAUGCAAUAACAGUUUAUUGUGUCCUGUAAGGAUAACUUCUUAUCCCACUUAUCUGUCCAAUAAAAAAUAUGGGUACAAAGAAGAACUCUCUGUUGUAGUCCU